UCUAUACAAACGGCUUUGGUUGAAGGCCGAUAGGGGAAUGACGUGUGUUUUAACAGUCUUGGAGUAGGGGCGUCAGAGGGGAAAGUCCAAAGAUAAGCAGGAGUGGUCUCGCAGUAUUACAAACUUACUUAAUCGUACGAUUCUGUCGAUUAGUCUUCGUUACAACUCAACUUCUUGACGAUACUUAAUCAUUCUGCAAACUUUAAGCUCCUUGUUAUUAUUUUACGUUUACCGAUACUUCAAUUGAAUCUAUUCUUCUAUAGGAAAUAAGUUUUAUUUCUCUGAAUAUUAAAAUCUGUCACGUUUAUUAUUAACUUACAUGUGUUAUCAACGAUCAGUGAUCUUAACAAUUAAAAAAAUUGAUUUAAUUUUUUAUAUUGUGUUAUCAUAUACUCUAAUCUAUCUAUAAUUUAUAUCCAUAUAGACAUUAUUUGUUUAUAAAAAAUUGAAUAAUUAUAUUUCAAAUGUGAAUUUUUUUAUAACAUACGUUAAUUUGCUGCACGUGUUUUUAAUAUUUAUUUGGAUUUGGUGAACUCAAAAUUGCAUUAGUUUUUAAAUAUAAGAUUCUAAAUUAUUUUUGUGAGCAAUAACUUUUAAUUAAUUAUAUUAAUCAAUAAUCGAAUGAUUGAUAAAGUGCGUAAUAUCAAUAAUCAUAUAAUUCAAGUUAAACGCAAGAAAUAUAAUUAAAAAAUCUAUAGUAGACAUAUAAUGAUUAAAAAGAUCUGUGUAUAGAGCAAACAUUUUAACAAUACUGGCAUUUUUAAAAGUGAAUAAAGAGGAACUAUUAUCGUCUCGAUGCUGGAAAGUACUAAUGUUGUGUAAUAGCAUGCAGUUCGCAUAUCGCUACACGUGGAACCGAGAAAUUAUUGUCAAUUCCCAAAAACUUGUAAAAAGACGUUGAAUCGGUGCAAUUCGCAAAAAUUCUUGUGAGUGGACUUGGCUAAUUCGCGUCAACAACAAUCAUUAUAUUAUAUAUUAUUAAAAACAUAAUUUUCUAUUUUAUUUAAUUAUAACAUAUAUGCAACAUAUAUUCUCUCUUUUCUUUUAUUAGAAUAAGGAUUCUAGCAAAAACAAUUGCACGUGAUAAUGGCUGGUAUAUGUUACAGUGAACCUUUUUCGGAUUGGUUGGAGGAGAAAAUAGAAUUGCCUAUUUUUGAAGAACUGCCAAUUACUGAAAAUGGACAAAUUAAAACAACACCAUAUAAUGAAAUUACAAAAGCUCCCCAGCAAGAUGAUACACAAACUUUGCUACAAGAAUUUGAAACUGUUCUGGGAGAUGUGGAAGCUUGUCAUCAAAUAGUCCCUUCAUCAAGUUCCACUCUUACACCCCCUCAAUCACCUCCAUCACAUAAACCAUUAAAUAUGGAUACUCAAUUACUUGUUACUUUACAACCAGUACAACCAUUAUAUCCUAAUCAUCAGUCCAUAUAUGGUAUGGUAGUUCCAGAGGAAAAAUCAUAUAUAAAUGAAGUACGCGUAUGGCAUACAAAAAAUGUACCAUUAGACCAGAUAAACACAGAUGUUGCACAUGACUUAGCUGUAGUGGAUGAAUAUGUACGUUUACAUACAAAAGAUAUUCCACCAUCUAGUCCUUGUACCAGUUCUGGUGGUAGCUAUAUUUCAUCAGAAGAUUCUGUGGAUGAUCCAGAUUGGAUUUUCGAAUCCGAAAAAAAAAAUAUGAAACAAUCUACUUGUAUUUCAACAAAAAAUCGUCAAAAACCUUAUUCUCGUCCUUCAAUUGAAGAUAAAAAAGUUCGAAAAAAAGAACAAAAUAAAAAUGCAGCCACACGAUAUAGACAGAAGAAAAAACAAGAAAUAAAAGAAAUAUUAGGUGAAGAACGUGAACUUACUGAACAUAAUGAAAAACUAAAAAAUCAAGUAACAGAUUUACAACGAGAAAUUGGAUACUUAAAAGGCUUAAUGAGAGAUUUAUUUAAAGCUAAGGGUCUUAUUAAAUAAUCCAUUUAUAUAUGAACUAUGUUAUGUUUACUCAUUUUUAUUAAUUUUUAUUAUCAUAUUUUUGACACUAACUAAUUUUAUAAUAAUACUAAUAUGUUUUAGCAUAUAGACUUAAAUUACUGAUUGUUAUUAUUUUUUUAAAUUAGCGUACAUAUGAAUAUAUAUCUAAGAUCUAUCACAGCUUCUUAGUAGGACUACAGAAUUAUCAUCAUAUAAUACAUAAAUUAUGUACUAUCUCCUAACUUAUUCAUGGUCCAUCAAAGAUUAGCAAAUAA